AGACAGGCAAGCUGAUGUACGUGAUGCACAACUCUGAAUAUCCCCUCAGCUGCUUCGCUCUCUUUGAAAAUGGUCCCUGCCUCAUCGCAGAUGCCAACUUCGAUAUCCUCAUGGUGAAGUUGAAAGGCUUCUUCCAAAAUGCCAAGGCGAACAAGAUAGAGAGCCGGGGUACGCGCUACCAGUACUGUGACUUCUUGGUGAAGGUGGGCACAGUCACGAUGGGACCCAGUGCCCGUGGGAUAUCUGUGGAGGUGGAGUACUGCCCCUGUGUGAUAGCCAACGACUGCUGGAACCUGCUGAUGGAGUUCAUGCAGAGCUUCAUGGGGAACCACACUCCUGGCAUCCCAUCUGUGUUCAGCACCAAGCAUGACAGUGUCUACAGCCCAGCGGACACGAUGGUUCAGUACAUGGAGCUGUUCAACAAGAUCCGCAAGCAGCAGCAGGUUCCUGUAGCGGGGAUCAGAUGAAAGGACACCCUGGAGCUUGGUUUAGAGCGACCACAUCCUCUUUUCUCCCCUGCCCGUGUGGAUCAGGAGUCCCUCCAAAAAGCAGCACUGGAGGCAACCAAGGUUUUGGUUUUUUUUUCUCUUCUCAAUCUCUUUUCCCCUGUUUCAAAGCAAAGGUCUUGAAUGUGAAUGCUCUGCUUAUUUCUUGUUCUCCUCC